AUAUAGAGAAUUGAGAUACUCUGUGUUCUGGGCGUUGCUAUUGCUACUUGUUCUUGCUAUAAUUAUUUUUCUAUACGAGAGUAGGUAUUCUUAAGUUGUAACUUGUUUCAAAAAUUACCUAAUACUUGAAAGUUGAAAAUAAAAUACUUUUUUACAAAUCUGAGGUUAAGAUAAGAAAAUGUCCGCAAAUGAACCUCAAACUUACUUUACAGGAAAUGAUACUUACUCUUAUAAAACGUACAAGCAAUUAAUUUCUAAAGUUGGGGAUUUCACACCGUUUUACAUUUCAAUUGCGAUUUGCUCGAUUAUACUUGGAUCUUUACUGAUCCUGAAUAUUAUUUGCUGUUGUUCUAAAUAUUCUGAUUACUGGUUGGAUAGACACACAGGUAAUCGCUGGAUUGUAUCUAUAUGGUCAACAACACCUCAUAAGCAGCCCCCACUUGAUUUAACAGAACUUGAAAGUCAGUACGUACCAGUGCAGUACUUGCCGUAUCACUCUGACGAAUAUCAAGAAAUACACAGACAUGAAACAGAAAUAAUACCAUCAGUAUCACGUCAACCUUUAACGUCAUCUCAAGAGUAUCUUGAACUUCAUAAAAGAGAAAGUGAUAUCUAA